CCCACACACUUACGCACUCAUUACACACACACACACACACACAAGACUGUGGCUCUCUCUGAGAGCGGAGCAGAGCAGAGUAGUGGGGGCACAGAAUCACAGAAAAGGAAAAGCAGCACUGAGGUGUCACCCCAGCCAUGGAAGAUGGUGUUGGAGCCAAAGUGAUGCCAUGGACCACUACGAAUCAGCCACGCAGACAAAAAGCUGUUCAACAGCCAUCACAGACAUUUCAACAGCCAAGCAUAGUGCUGAUUUGCAAUUCUCAGUAGCAACAUAUGUCAAGAGACCAAACUUCUUGAAAGACUUUUUUGAUGAAUGUUGUUGUGAAUGGGAAUGCUGGUGUGGUCAAGUCACAGGAGAGCUGAAAGCUAUGGUUAGUAGGGUUCAGGCCCAGCAAGAACAGCAAACAAGUAAAGCAAGUCAAGUAAAUUAGCAGCUAAGACAGAGGAAAUAGUGGGAGAACGAGGGAGACAGAGGGAUCACAUGUGGCCAAAAUUUUAAGUCACAAUUUGACCAUGGAGACAUUGAGAUUAGAUUGUCUGCGCCUUAAUAAAUGGGAGCACCCAAACACUCUGAGUGAACAAAUUUAAUAACAUUAUAUGCGAGCCUAAGGCUUAUAAUGUGAAUUCUUUAGAAAAAGCGAGACCUCUCAUCUACUGCAGUUUAAAACUGAAAAUAAAACGUGACAAUGGUUCACAGAAAGCUCCAGCAAUGAUGUCAUCAGAUUGUCUCCAGUAAAGCACCAGUGAUAAUGUUGUCAAACGUGAUGCUGGGUGUCCUCCUGUCCCUCCUCAUCCUUCUGACUGUCAGUGGUAAUGUGCUGGUGUGCCUGGCUGUCUGCGCCUCUCGACGCCUCCGCUGCCUCACUAACUGCUUCAUUGUGUCGCUGGCUGUGACAGACUUGCUGCUCGGCCUUUUGGUCCUCCCGUUCUCCGCCCUCCUCCAGCUCAACGACGAGUGGCCGCUUGGCCCGGGCUUCUGCAACUUCUACAUCUCCAUGGAUGUCAUGCUGUGCACCGCCUCCAUCCUCACCCUCCUGGCCAUCAGCGUGGACCGCUACCUGGCAGUGACCAUGCCUCUGAGAUACGCCUCACUGGUGUUGCCAUGGAGAGUUGCUGUGGCCAUGGCCAGUGUUUGGACUGUGUCUGUGGCCGUGUCUUUCUUGCCCAUCCAAAUGGGGUGGAACACGGUUAAUGGGACAGUGCAGAACCACGGGCCUUGGGCUCCAGAGAUGAGAUGUCGCUUUGAGCUCAACAGACCCUACGUACUAACGGACUCUCUUCUCACUUUCUACCUGCCUCUGGUGGCUAUGUGCUGGACCUACCUCCGAAUACUUCGCAUUGCACGGGCACAGGCCAGACGCAUCAUCACUGCCCGACCCACUUGCAUCACUAGCUACAACUGCAGGAACAAUCCUUCCACCAGUACCACUGUGGUUUCCAGUGUUACAGCAGUGGCUCUGCGGGAGCACAAAGCCACAGUGACACUGGCAGCAGUGAUAGGGGCUUUUGUGGUGUGCUGGCUGCCAUAUUUCAUCCUGUUCACAGUGUUGGGCCUAAAGGAGCAUCCAGACCCUAGCACUGUACCAGAAUUUCCCAUUGUGUUGUGGCUGGGUUACACCAACUCAGCCCUCAACCCUAUCCUCUACGGAGCCCUCAACAGGGACUUCAGGUCAGCCUACGCCCAUCUACUGAGAUGUCGAUGCCCGACUUACAGUGGGUGGAGGAGCCGACAGCCAUCUCCCACUGUAACAACAGCCAGAGACCAUCUUACAGAGGUGACACUGCUGUGUGGCCACACCCCUGCAACCUGCAGGGCCGGUCUCACAGAUCAAAACUUCAUGCUUCAAGAAAUGAACAGCAGGACAGCCACAGCAACUAUCCAAUUUGCAAAUGGAACUGCUGCCACAGAAGUCAACGGCAAUGAAAGAUCGUGCUGAGCCUGUGCUGGUGAGGUGGAUGGAUGCGGUGUUCACUAUACUGUGGUUGCAGCUAAGAACCAGAAUCCAUCAGCCUAAGCAGAAAGAGCAAUAGAGAUUUACACCCGCUCUAUUUGGAAGCCUUCAGUGCCACAGUAGAAACACCUAUAAUACACCAUCAACCACUCUAUCCAUAAUUUAACAAAAUGGGAGAAAAUGGGACCUCAGCAACUCCACACCUCAUCAGCAAGAACCAACUGUACACACACGGCCGGCCUCUAUCCGUCCAGAACCGAACAAAUGAUGAUGCUUCUACAUGGACGGAACUAAAAGUCUAGGUGUCUAACAAAAUCCUUCCACUGCAUCCAACCAUUACGCUAACUGUGAAUAGUAUUGAAGCUCUGGAGGACUAAAUGAGACUAGCCGAUUAACUUGUUUGUCAUCAAUUUCAUGAACUAAUUUUUUUUUUUUUAAUGCUCAAGAGUGCACUCCGGUGGAAACACUAAGUAUCACAACUUCAACCUGAACAAAGUCAAUGGAAAUGGAUGUUUCACAAAAUCAGAGAAUGCAAAGGGAAAAGUGAUAAAUGGACGUUUAUUACACUUAUCACUUCAUGUGGAAUGAGAUGAAAUGUGUGACAUUUGAAUGUGUAGCAUGCAAAAUAAUGUUAUGUGUUUGGAAGAAUGUAGCUGCCUCCAGACGUCUUUAAUGUUGCUCAUUCAGUGGCAUAAAGCUGGAAAAUGUAUGUAUUGUAUCAUACUGUAAAAUUAACAGAAAAAAUGUCAUGUACUGUUCCUCCACAAUAGAAAAUUACAACCAUACUGUACCAAUAAAGAACAGCUUAAAUAAACAAUAUAAGAU